AUCUUGACGGGAGCCCUGUGAGGCGGCCACUGUCGUCAAUCCAGCUUCACAAGUGGGGAGACUGAGAUACAGAGCGGUCAACGUGCAGAGCCCACAAUCUGCUCCCUGGUAGCUGACUUGGGAGGCAGAGGCCCCCCGCAACUCGCGAACCCCAGCAGUGGCCCCUUCCAGACGCCACGUCCAGCUACCCCGCGCUUACACCUGCAGGGCCCCACAAGAGGCCUCCCAGUGUGCGCGGGCCUCUUGAAGAGAGAAUCUCCACUCAGAUGUCCGAAUGACCCAAACUCGGCUCUGGGAGGCUGGGGACGGCCCUCCAGGCCAAGGGGGGAGCGCGCAGGGCCCAGCGGGGCAGGGCUGAGGGCGUUGGGUCCUGAGCCAUCCACUGAAGGACGCUGGGGCACAGCAAGGCGCGAAGCAGGAGGAGAGAAAGGAGCGGAUUCCCGGGCCUCCUGGGCCCGGGUCGCUCCAGGCUGUCUGGGCUCCGGGAGGGGCGUGCCCGGGGCGCCUCCCGAGCGGGUUAUAGUGGGACCACGAGUCUCUGGCGGCGGCGGGUCAAGACUACACUUCCCAGGAGGCUGUGCGCGCCGCGUGGCGCCUGGGAGUUGUAGUCCAGAGCGCGGCGGGCGCGGGCGCGGCGGGCGGGGCAGGCGGGCGCGUGGACUACGCGUCCUAGGAUGCCGCGCGCGGCCGCGGGGCCGAGGGUUUGAACCGAGGGUCCGCCGUCCGCGGCGGGGCUGCGUCGGCUGCGGCGGGUGCGGGAGGUGGCGACGACCGGGGCCGGGGUCCCAGCCCGGCUGCGGAGGCGGGCGCGACGGGUGCGGGGGUCGCUGCUCCUGAGGCGAUGAUGGGCAAGGAGGAGGAGAUUACGCGGAUCGCCCGGAGGCUGGACAAGAUGGUGACCAAGAAGAGCGCGGAGGGGGCCAUGGAUCUGCUGCGGGAGCUGAAGGCCAUGCCUAUCACGCUGCACCUGCUCCAGUCCACCCGAGUCGGGAUGUCUGUCAACGCCCUUCGGAAGCAGAGCUCCGACGAGGAGGUCAUUGCACUGGCCAAGUCCCUCAUCAAGUCCUGGAAGAAGCUCCUGGAUGCUUCAGAUGCCAAAGCCAGGGAGCGGGCGAGGGGCACGCCUCUGCCCACGUCCUCGAGGGAUGCCUCAGAGGCCCCGGAUCCCAGCCGCAAGAGGCCGGAGCUGCCCAGGGCACCGUCAACUCCAAGGAUCACCACAUUUCCUCCGGUGCCUGUCACCUGUGAUGCCGUACGCAACAAGUGCCGUGAGAUGCUGACUGCUGCCCUGCAGACGGCCCACGACCACGUGGCCAUCGGUGCGGACUGCCAGCGCCUGUCGGCUCAGAUCGAGGAAUGCAUCUUCCGGGACGUUGGAAACACAGACAUGAAGUACAAGAACCGUGUACGGAGUCGUAUCUCCAACCUGAAGGAUGCCAAGAACCCUGACCUGCGGCGGAAUGUGCUGUGUGGGGCCAUAACACCCCAGCAGAUUGCCGUGAUGACCUCAGAGGAGAUGGCCAGUGAUGAGCUGAAGGAGAUCCGUAAGGCCAUGACCAAGGAGGCCAUCCGAGAGCACCAGAUGGCCCGUACUGGCGGCACGCAGACAGACCUGUUCACCUGCGGCAAGUGCAGAAAGAAGAACUGCACCUACACGCAGGUGCAGACCCGCAGCUCUGAUGAACCCAUGACCACCUUUGUUGUCUGCAACGAGUGUGGAAACCGCUGGAAGGUGGGUGAGCGCGCUCAGGCUGCCCCUUCCACUCCAUUCUCUGGAGGUGGGGUGUCUCAGCCUCUGUGGGGUCUGUGGUGUGAACUGGGGAUGGCCCUGCCCAGCCAGCCUCCUGGAGUCUUGGGCAUGGUGGGUGAAGACUGCAGCCUUGGGUGAGCCUGUGCGGCCUUCUCUCUGGGGAGUCUCAUGUGGCCACAAGGCUGGAGGCCUCACCCCCUUUUUCGCAGUUCUGCUGAGCCCUCGUGUAGAUGUGCUGCAGCCUUGGGCCGUGGCCAGUGCUGGCCUCCCCCGCCCACGUCCUCCGCUGAUACAGCUUCUCUGGAGACCCUAGAAGGCGGCAUGUCCUGCCCUCAACCUGCCUGCCUGGAUUGCACCUUUCUGCCCUUUCCCCCUCGUUAUUAAAUGUUUCUUUUUGCCA